CGGCAACUUGUUUCAAAUUCGAGUAAAAAUAGUUAUUUAUAUAUAUGUGUGUGUGUGUAAUGUUGCCAAGUUAUUGUUGCUGUUUCCAUCUCUGUUUUAUGGCAGCAAAUAGAUCAGAUGAAAUGGCAUUUCGAAAGUAUUUUGAGUGCACACGUUAAUUAAGUAAUUGAGGUAAAGUGAGGGAGGGAGCCACAGAGGGAGGGAGGAGGGAGGGAGGAGGGCGCUGAGCCUGACGGCGGCUCCAGACCCUCCAGUCCAGACCCUCCAGACAGGCUCUCCGGCGGGCUGCAGAUGAACUCCACAGUCACACUGCACCGUGGGACUUUCGGAAAUUCACAUUAACCGGUCCAGGCUCUUCUCCCGACUGACAUGUUGCGAUGUUCCGUGCAGCCUUGCAAAACGCGGACUUGUUUUGGGUAACUUUGUUGUGCUUUGUUCUUGUGCCGGAGACUGGCUGUGGAUCAGCCGAUGCGGACAGCUGUCAUGAGGUGAAGACAGCCUACAUGAUGCGCCAAAUAGGACCGGUGGAGCUGGUGCCAGACAGGCCAGGAACAGACGACUCUCUCCAAGUGUGCGUCCACCCCGGGCCGAGCUGCUGCACCAGCAGGAUGGAGGACAGCUACAUGGCGGCCGUUCGCAGCGAGACGCAGCAGAAGAUGCGCUCCUACAGCUUCGAGCUCAAGUACCUGAUCGGCGGACACACCAAGGCCUACCACGAGACCUUUGAGUCACUCGUGUCCUUUACAUCUAAUCUGACCAGCACUCUGUUCGACAGCGCCUACUCCUCUCUGGCAUCCGACUGUCGCCCGCUUGUGUCUCAGCUCUUCAGCGACAUCAGACGGCACCUUUCCGGAGACUCCAACUCCUCCCUGGACAGCGCUGUGCGGCGAUUCUACAACGACCUCUUCCCGCUGGUCUACCGCCGCCUACUCAACCCUGGGAUUGGCCACAUGUCAACCCAGUCCCACUCCUCCUUUUCGACCCAUCAAGACGACUGUCUGCGGAUGACCCGGCAGGAUGUCAGCCCGUUUGGACUCCAUCCGCGCCUCCUUGUUGCCAGCCUGUCCCGCGCGCUCGGGCACGGUCGAGCGCUCAGCCGACUGCUGCGGCUGGCUGGAGAGGUUGUGAAUGCUACCGAGAGGGCCACGUUGUCCAGGGAGUGUGGUCGGGGGUUAGUGAGGAUGCAGUACUGUUCCCACUGCAGAGGGCUGACGCUGAUACGGCCCUGCACUGGACUGUGCGUCAACAUCAUGAGAGGAUGUCUGGUGGGUGUAUCGGAGCUGGGUGUCCCCUGGGGGAGCUUGGUGGUGUUGCUUCAACGGUUAGCUGCUACUUUAGCAACCAGCAGCAACCACAACAGCAUGGAGUUAGCCCUGCUAGCGGUCCGGAACCACGUGAACGACGCCAUACUGCACGCUCAGCUGCACGGGCCUCACAUCACAGCCACAGUAGAGAAGGUGUGUGGUCCCGAAGGAGCUGGUCCCGUGAUGACGAGCGCACGACCCACCGCCGCACACACCACAACCUCUGUGACACCUGCUACAUCAGUGACCACUGCCAGGUCACCUUCGUCUUCGCCUCCCUCGGUCGCUCCUUCCUCUCAUAGGCGUUUGCAGCUCCAGUCCUGGAAGUCAUUCCCUCUCAAAGGCUCAAGAGGAGACAAGAGUCGGAGCCUGAAAAAAUUGUCCAGGGAGUUUGAGGGCUCCAUCCAGCGGUACCAGUGGUUCUUCUCAGAGCUGCCCGAGAUGCUUUGUGAGAGUGAGAUGGAGGUCGAGCAGCACACAUGCUGGAGCGGCCAAGACGUCGUGGAGAGUUAUGCAGGUCGUGUGGUUGGCAGCACAUUAAAAGCCCAGAGGGAGAAUCCGGAGAUGACCGUCCGCAAUACGGAUCAUGUCCUGAAGGGGGCGAAACAGAGGCUGGAGCAGCUAACACAGGAGCUGUUAGUGGAGCUCGGCUGGGCCGGCAAAGCGAGAGGAAGGGGUGAAGAAGAGGAGGGCGGCAGCGCGCAGACAGACGGGGGAAGCGGAGACGACUGUGACGACGAAGAUGGCUGUGAAGCAUCUGGUGAUGACGCAGGUGAUGCAUCCAGUGGUCGGAUUCCGGGAAAGAAGGCCGCGGCUCCUCCUCCCCCUCCUCCUCCUCCUCCUCCUCACCAACGCCCGGUCUCUCCUCAUCACCUCUCACCUCCACAGGUGCCCGUUAAGGCCUCGGCCCCCGCGGUGACUGUCGACCCUCUGACCCUGGUGACCCUGCUGCUUCUGCUGCUGUCGCCAUGGGAACCACGCUGACCACACAGAGGCAGGUUCUGCGAUGGACAGAGACAGAAAGGCAGCCACACGCUGUGUGUUUUGUGGUGUCGUUGGGAUACUUUUCUGUAAGCGCAGCUCGACCGCUCUGAUUGUUUUGGGGUUUGUUGUGGCCUAGCCGGCGGGACAAGCUCUUAUUUUGACGGCUGCAGGUGCGCAGUAUGAAUUUUUUGUAUUACCUGUACUGACCUCUACAUGUGUUUAUUUGUAUUUAACUCUGAUAGGUUAGACUGCACAGCACUACUGACUUUUUUUUGUUUUUUUGUUUUUGGACGAAAGAUGUAAAUACAAAUAUAUAUAUAUUAUAUAUUUAUACGAAAAAAUGUCUAUAGAUAAAAAGAAUUGAUGUGUAAAUAGAGAUUAAUAUAGAACAGAGAAGACUUGGACGUUAAGGGAUGUUUGGUUAGGUUUGACCUUUACAUGAUGUAUCUCCCACUGAGAUUUGAGAAGAUGCAGCAAUAGUUCAAGCGGAAGACCUUCACUUGUAAUACUCCAGUGUUUUAAUAACAAAGGCACACCAGCGAGGAUAUAUUAAUAUGAAAAGAAACUGCCUGGGCAUGUUCUUAAAAGGCGAAGCAGCCAAUUAUGUGAUUGUUCAGACCAUAUGGUCAUGCUGUGUAAUGAAGGUUUUGACGGUUUGGUCUGUCAGUUUGUGCAGACUUAAGCCAAACCAGCACUUUUUCCUUCACGAAAAACAUUGUCAACGCAAGACGGGGAAUUUUUUUUUAUAUUUCUGCAGGAAGCACACUGAGCGUUUUAACUGUGUAACACUUAAAUGACAAAUUAAUUCCUCCAAAAAUUGCUCUUAAAUAGCAGAUUUGUCUCCCAGAAAAACUGCCCUCUGGUCAUUUGUCUUCUCUAGGCAUAGGAUUUUAUUUUUUUUUGCAGUGUGCAAAAUUAUAAAGGGACUAUAGGGAAGGGUUAGCAGCCCUCAGCUCUGCCUCAGUUACACUCCCUCGACGGGAAGCUCUGUUAAAGUUUAUAUCCUGAACAGUGAAAAGCAUAUAAGACGAGAAAAGAGGCAGGAACCACCAUCUGCACGGACGGUGAAUAAUUUGACACCUCGGUGUCUUAUGCAAAAACUGUCAUGCGCUUUCAAAAGCUGGCUGGCCUCCAAGUGUGUGUUUAAUUAAACCUGCUGUCUCCUACAAUGAGGUAAUGUAUAAGACCAUCCAACUGAACACUUAAAGGUUUUUAUUUUUUGGUUUGUUUUGUUUGUUUGAGUCUGUUAACAGCUCGUCUCCAGUGAAGACAAGCGAUGGCGUACCAAGAGAGCUCCGGAGCCACAGCUGAGCUCCGAUCCAAACGUAUGAAUAAAAUGUAAUUCAUAUUAAUUAGCGUUGUCAAGUUCUCCCAGAACAGCUGAACUGCACACAACAGCAGGACAGAGAACAGGAAAUACUGAUUAAAUACAUACAAAUGAACCAACUGAAGGACGCUGUAUGCAUUUCUGUCAGUGGGACCUUUUCCUCUUAGAUGCAUCACACUGCUCCUGCAUGACCGGCUCAGAUGUAAGUAAGAACUGGACUAUUUUUUGUUUUUCCUUAGGUUUCACGUCGUAGAUUACAUCACAGUAAUUGCUGUCAUUGAUUAUGAGCUGUAAAACUUCUACAAAUGCGUCCGCCUUCGUCACCUGACAGAGUUUAUUCACGAGGGAAUGUGACUGACGGAUGAGCCAACUUAAGACAUACCAUUAAGAGCUUAAGUGUGUGAGUUAUCUGGGCAGCGAGCCCAAAUAGCAUCUUAAGCAGCAGGGUGCUUUUACAACCCUAAUCUUCAAACGGACGAAGAUCCCUGUUUAAACGUAUAUAUAAUGAGAGGAGAUUCUGCAUUCAAGCCAACCCUUCCGUCUGUCGCAGCUCCUUCCAGACGACCGUGUAUGUAAGCAAACCCCCCCCAAAACACGCAAAUUCACAAACAUGCCUGUUUAGACGUCUUAAGCAGGGUGCGUGUAAAAUUAAUCUUUGUGUAUUUUUGUUAUUUCUCACACUGCGGUAAGGCCAGGGUUUGAUGAGGAUUUAUUAAACACUAAAUGCAAAAAGAUAUAAGGAGAGAGUUUUGCUAUCUGGGUGUUGAUGAUAGAGGUGUUAAUACGGUGUUACAAGUCAUCGCUCUGUGGUCGCUUGCUUACUGCACGCAGCUGUGCAUCACGAGACGAGGUGUCGGGGAGUCUUUUGUAGUGACAGAUGUGUGAACCUUGUCACUGUACAUCUGUAGAUGAGUUUAAAAUUUUCAUAACAAGUUUAAAUUAGCGCAGAAAUUACACUCUGUUCCUUCUCCGCUGUGCAGCGAUGAGGGCUCUGUUCUCUUUCAGGCACACUGGUGCGCCUGGAGCUAGCUGCCAUUGUUAAGUAACGCCAAUAAAUCUGCUUUAUCAGAGUCUAAUAGACCUGUUAGUAAAUCUAACUCGACAAAACGCCGGACGGGGCGCACUGAACGACCUGUGGUUUCUCUCAUCCUGAAAACCUGUAUUCUAAUGUAAACUAAACCCCUGUCUAUGAUGUGGAGCUUACUAGUGUAACACACUGUGUCCUGCUACUCUGUCGUGGCUUUAAUCUACAGUUUGAUGUCUUUAAUAAUAAACUAUGUUUUCAAAUAUA